AUGGGGUUUUCACCAUUCUUCCCAAACCCUCUGCUUCCUCCUGUCAAAAACCCUAACAAGCGUAGUGCUUCUCCACCACCAAGUAAGAAGCAAAAGGUAGCUGAUGAUGAGAUAGACACAGAUCAAGAAGGCAUUGAGCAACUCCGCGACGUCGUUUCUGUCAGUGGAGUCAAUCUUGUGGAAGAGCAAGAGCGCAUGCUGUUGCUUUCGGGGCUCAAGAAGCAGCAAGCAUCUCGAAAAAUUGUGCUUCAAGAAAACCAAGAAGCGCUGGUUUUGCAGAAGAUUCCCCUGCAGAAAAAGUUGGAGGGAAUCAUGGGGAGGUGUGGUUUGAGAAUUGGUGUAGACAAAGAUGUGGAGAGAUGCUUGUCAAUGUGUGUGGAGGAGAGAAUGAGGGGGAUCAUAUGCAAUUUGAUUAGACAGUCGAAGCAGUGGGUUGAUUGCGAAAAAUUGAGACACCACACUGUUUCUACAUCUGAUGUGAAGCAAGAAAUUAUGAUUCUCAACAAGAAGGCUAUGGAAGAGUUGCAGGGAACGGCUCAGAAGCUUAAUGAAGCUCAGGUUAGCACUUAG